AUGGAAAAAGAAUAACCAAUUAUUCAAAUAAUCAGCAUAACUUGUAUUGUCUUAGGAUUGAUGUUCAUUUUAUUCAUAAUUUGGAAAAGAAAGCAAGUUUUAAGAUUAUUUAGAUGUGUACUAAAUAGAAGAAAAAUAAUGAUGGAAUCAUUUUUAAAUAAUGCCAUCUUAAUAAAAAAUAGUAAUAUUUUGCUGAAUCAAUUAAGGAAAGUGAGUAAAAUGUUAAGUUAGUCUAAAAAUGAAUUGAUAUUUACAUAAAAUGGAAAAAUUCACAAAGAAGAGGAUGUAUAAAUAAUGUGUAAAAUUAAUGAGGAAAAACAAUUCAUACAAAUUAAUCUAUUAGGAAAUGAUAAGUAUGGUACUUGGAGUGGCAGUGGAAUUAUAAGAAGUAAAUGUUUUUAGUGGAUAAUUGCAUUAUGA